CCCCAAACACCCCAAAAAUACACGCCAAAAACACACACACAACCAAUUUCGCGCCCUGAAAAAAACCACAUCCUAUUUCGACCCAAGUUCCUAACUUUCAGACACCCUUUUGAAAAUGGGUUCAAACCCACAAGAUGAUAGACCAGAGAUAGCUUUCUUUGACUUAGAAACAACUGUCCCGACCCGACCCGGACAAGGGUUUGCAAUCUUGGAAUUCGGGUCAAUUCUAGUUUGCCCGAGAAAGCUUGUUGAGCUUGAAAGCUAUGAAAGUUUGGUCAAACCACAUGAUCUUUCACUCAUUUCUACAUUAUCUGUUCGGGCUAAUGGUAUUACAGCAGACGCUGUCGUUUCAGCUCCAUCUUUUGCUGACAUUGCAGAUAAGGUUUAUGAUAUCUUACAUGGAAGGAUAUGGGCUGGUCAUAAUAUAAUUCGGUUUGAUUGUGUACGUUUAAGAGAGGCAUUUGCGAAUAUUAAUCGGGCUCCGCCCGAGCCGAAAGGGACCAUUGAUUCAUUAGCUUUGUUGACACAAAGGUUUGGAAGGAGAGCUGGUGAUAUGAAGAUGGCUAGUUUGGCAUCUUAUUUUGGGCUCGGAAAGCAAUCACACCGGAGUUUGGACGAUGUUCGAAUGAAUCUUGAAGUUCUGAAGUAUUGCGCAACUGUUCUUUUCUUGGAAUCUAGCCUUCCAGAUAUAUUUACUGAAAACAGUUGGGUUUCUCCAAACGCUACCACCAGAAACCGCAGUAAUGCAAAAGGUGCUCUAGAUGGAACGGGCACUAGCCCACCCUCAUCUAGUAGAAAUGCUGAGAAUCAGAAUUCUCCUCCACAACAUCCAAUUUUUUCACUGGUGGCUUCUGGUGCGGGAGAACAACUUCCAGAACAAGUUGAGUCGGGUCAUGCUCAAUCUGACCCUUUUAACAUGGCUCCGCUUGUAGAUAAUAUAGUAAACGAGCCUAUUCCAUCAAAUGAAGCCAUGGAUGAAGAGUCAUCCACGGCUACUGUAUCCACUGCCACAAGUGAAAGUACCGAAUAUCUUGAUCCAGAUGAAGUCUACAUACCUUCUGUCAUUGUAGCUGCUGUCCCCUUUUUCCGUGGACUCCAAAAAAUACAAUUACUUCACAGAGACACCCCAUUGCAGAUCAGAUGUAACGCCCUGAAAGUACGGUUUGGAAUAAGCUCGAGAUUUGCCGAUCAUGCUGGAAGGCCAAGACUAAGUUUUGUUGUUGAUGCAUCUCCAAAACUUUGUGGUGUUCUUGAUGCAUGUGAUAAUAUUGCUAAGAGGUAUGUGGAUUCUGAUACAAGCUCUGAGUGGAGACCUGUCGUGAGCAGAAAGCCCGGGUUCUACAACUCACCCACCGUUAGAUUGCAAUUACCCACUGUAGCUGAAGGUGACGGUGCUAAAUGGAUCACAGAGAUAUACCAGAAAGAGUCACUGUCGACAUCCCCAUCGCGAUCCAUUCAACGUGUUGUGUUCAGUAGGUAUGAUGUGGGAGAUCUUGAAGCUUUGAUCUGUCCAGGUUCCUUUGUGGAUGCUUACUUCUCUUUAGAUCCAUAUGACUAUCAACAGAAUGCUGGAAUCCGACUAGUGGCCAAGAAACUGAUUGUUGAUUCUAACUGAAGGGUUUUGGUGUAUACCUCACUCUAAUAGCUGACUGAUUAGAAAACAAACUUUAUCUGGUGCUUUGUAAAGAUGGCUAGUUUCUUUCGUUGUUUAUGCUUUAUGUAGUAGAAGAACAACUAAUACUAGUUUUUUUAAAUUAAUCGAUGCAAACUGUAAUUGUUUAUUGUCUUUGUAA